CCCAGACUAACUACUGAUCGAGGUAUAAAUGACGCAGCAUGGAAGCAGGUCGCGCAAGUUUUCACGUUGCUCGAACAUGACACGUCGUGGCUCUCGUUCGUUCAUUCAGAUAUGCGCCUGUCUGGCGUUCGUCAUGGUCGCGGUUGGUCAAGAAGAAUGCGAUAAAACAAAAUGUCCCGGUCCAUUGGCGUAUUACAAGGCUCUCAAUUGUAUACCGGUGUACGCAAAAGAGGGCGAUUGCUGCGCAUCAAAAUACAACUGUGAUCAUUUGAAAGAGAGAUCCACUACCAAGUGUUACGUCAACGGUAAAGAGUACGAGACAGGCGAGAAACUUAGAGAUGAGGAUGCGAAUCCGUGUGACGUUGGUUGCACCUGUACCAUAGGACAUGACGGAAUCGCCACGUUUAAUUGUGCAAUAGUUGACUGUUUCCAUGGGCCAGUGAAACCAGGCUGCUAUAGAAAGAAUUCCCCAUUACAUUGUUGCCCCGGAGAAGAAGUUUGUCCCGAAAAACCCGAAGAUAGAGCAAUCUGUAAUGUGAACGGAAAGGAAUAUAAAGAUGGAGAAUAUUUCACAAUUGAAAAUGAGCCGGAUUUAAACUGUGUAUGUCAACCAGGUUAUGAAGGGCAGAAUGUCGAACCUUUCUGCGCAAAGCCUAAGCAUCCAUACUGCAGUCCCGAUUUCCGUCAUGCAGGCGAGAUUUUUAGUAACUGUGCUCCAGUUUAUUAUUCGAAUCAAUCGCCUCAAACUGGUUGCAGUGUGUUUUCCAGAUGUCAAAACGAUAACGACACUGUUAUUCACAACGAGGACAACUCGAAGUCUGCCGACAAAAAUUCCGAUGAUGAAGACGUUUGUUAUUUCGGUAACUUGACUAUGCAUCGCGGCGACGAAUUAAAUCAAUCUACGGAUUAUAGUUCUGUGUGCGUUAAAUGCGUUUGCGAGGUGCCUCCUCAGCCUACUUGUCAACGUUUGCCAGAUGAAGAAUGCGAUGUUACAAAUCAUCCGCCUUUCCACCAUUAAAUGUUUCAAAAUCUGUAAUAAUGUGAUUACUUUUGUUAUAUAACUCAGAAUUCCAUAGCAAAUUAGCACGUAAACGUAAGAAUUUCUUCAUACAUGUAUAGGUACAUUGUAUAUUUUAAUGUAAUUUGCAUUUCUUCUACUGACUACAAUAGAAACAUGUUUUUAUGUAUUGUAUAUUAAAAAAUAUACCGAUCACAAAUAUAUCUGUUCCAUGCAUAUCAUGACUACAGACAAUAUUAAAAAGUUAAAAACAUCAAAUAAAAAACAGAUUACUUUUAAAGUAGUUAACUUUUUACUAUUUUUAAGUUUAAUGUACAAUGUGCUUUUGUUUCUUGCUUUUUGAUUAUCGCACGUUUGUCUCUUCGCAUUAAUUUAAAAAUAAAUUUCUUUCUGUUUUUUGUUAUACGUUUUUUUGUCUCAUUCGGAGUUUGUAUUCUUUCUAUCUCAUCAAUUUCGAAAAUGCAAAAAGGCAAAAAAGCAAAAAGCAAAAAUACAAAAAAACAGAAAGCGCAUAUUAGUCUUUAAAGUAAAUGUUAACAUUACUAAAUUAAAAAUAAAAUUUUUAACUAUUUUGUU